AUGGCAUCAAGAAGUUUUGAUAAUGAAAAGCCAACAUUAGAGGCAACUGAGGAUGAUCCUUCCAAAAAAAAAAGAAAAAGAAAAAGAAAAAUCAGUCUAGAAGAACAAGAACAAAUUUGUGAUGAACAAAUAAAGCAUUAUAAGCAGAUUAUGAGGGAGAUUGAAAUAGCUUAUAUUCAAUCAUACAGAUUAUUAGAGGACUGCAUAAAUAAUAACGUUCCAAAUUAA